AUGCUCUGGUUCAGUUUCGCUUCCGUUUGUAUACUUCUGUAUUCAAUUGGAGUAAUCGCCUCUUCACCGGAUAACGUCGAAUUGGAUGAGUCUAGUGAUGAACUGUAUAUACUUCUCGACGAGAUUAGCAUUUACUCGUGUCGUGGCGUCAAAAAUGAGAUCAAAUUGUCUGAAGAGGACGUUAACAUCGUGAACGAGAACGGCAAUCGAGCUUACUUUAUCAAAGCGCCUGGCAAUUACUCACUGCAGUUCAAGCAGAUCAAAGUGCUCGAUAAUUUUGGCUACUUGAGUGGAGAACUUAGUGCCACUCUGCAAGUACCGAUUCUCGAAGGACCUGCUGGUGAGUUGACACAGUCAUUGCAGCUCUCAUGA